UCUCCCUCUAUCACACACUCUCGGGAGCAGCGCUUUUGACGCACCACGCAGAGUUGGAUUAUAGUAUUGCGCGCUGAUCUUUCACUGGUUUUUUUGUGUCCCUCACAUUAGCCGCACUCCUGCCACUGACCGGCAAUUAAUACAUUAUCGGAAUCGAUAUCUCUACCGCCGCGGUGACCUCUGCUGAGCUUUUGGGAGAACCAAGCGCCCCCGCUGUUUCCUCGCCGGACGCGUGUUGUGAAUUAAUAACCAGCCUUACCUGGAGAGAGAAAGAGAGAGAGAGAGUGUGUGUGUAUGCGCACUAAGUGUGUGUGAAAGUGUGUGUGUGUGUGCGCGUGUGUCUUUGGAUCAGAUCAAGGAUCGAGGUGUUUCCCUGGCUGUGGCUUCACGCACUCUCAUUUACAAACGCAGCGCACACCGGGGGGAUUUGGGCACCGCAUGCCGGGGACAUGUGGAAGUUUGCGCCGCUGUAGCGCAGCCACAGAGCCGGUCUACCGCCUCGUCGACCACCCCUCUUCCCACCCAGGGGGACCAAACUCCCGGUGCACAGCCUUCACACACUGAAACCCCCUCUACCAAGAGGACCCCAAAUGUAAAUCCAGAACGAGAAAUCUCAGAAACACACGUCCGCAAAGGGAGGACAGCGAAAAGGAGGACGGCAUCCCGUUGCGUGAGUUUGUUGAGGUCCAUCGGGGGAUUUCGGGGCUUUAUUUUUUUGAACGCCCUUGUAUUUUCUCAGCAUUUUGUGGGUCUCAUAUUGGCCCCACACUUGCCGCAGUGAUGGUGGGAGCUCCGUGCCCCGUUGGCCCUGGCCGCUCCCCGGCGACAGUGCGGGGGCUGCUGCUGGUGGCUGCUCUCGUCCUCCUGGUCCUGUCCAGCGGAGCGGACGGUCAGCCCUGCCCGGCCCAGUGCUCCUGCACCGGGACUACAGUGGACUGUCACGGCCAAGGGCUCCGCAGCGUGCCCAGGAACAUACCCCGCAACACGGAGAGACUGGAUCUGAACGCAAACAACCUCACUAAAGUCACCAAGGCGGAUUUUGCAGGACUGAGGCAUCUUCGAGUGUUGCAGUUAAUGGAGAACAAAAUCACCACAAUCGAGAGAGGAGCCUUCCAGGACCUGAAGGAGCUGGAGAGACUGCGCCUGAAUCGGAAUAAUCUGGCCAUCUUUCCCGAACUGCUUUUCCUGGGAACAACGAAGCUGUACAGACUUGACCUCAGCGAGAACCAGAUUCAAGGGGUUCCAAGAAAAGCCUUCAGGGGAGCUGUGGAAAUCAAGAACCUCCAGUUGGACUACAACCACAUCAGCUGCAUCGAGGAUGGAGCUUUCCGAGCGUUACGUGACCUGGAAGUGCUCACCCUCAACAAUAACAACAUCAGCCGACUGUCUGUGGCCAGUUUCAACCACAUGCCGAAGCUCAGGACCUUUCGCCUGCACUCCAACAACCUGCAGUGUGACUGCCACGUAGCCUGGCUGUCAGAGUGGCUGCGACAGCGCCCCCGCCUGGGUCUUUACACGCAAUGCAUGGCCCCUCCGCACUUGAGGGGGCACAACGUGGCUGAGGUGCAGAAGAAGGAGUUUGUAUGCACAGAUUGGGACGAAGGUCACCAGUCGUCAUCGUCUUCCUCCUGCAGUGUGUUACAGUGCCCAGAGUCCUGCACCUGCAGUAACAACAUCGUGGACUGCAGAGGGAAGGGUCUGACAGAAAUACCCACCAACCUGCCUGAAACCAUUACUGAGAUACGACUGGAGCAGAACGCCAUCAAGGUGAUCCCAGCUGGGGCCUUUUCUCCUUAUAAGAAGCUGCGCAGGAUAGACUUGAGUAACAACCAGAUAUCAGAGCUGGCCUCGGAUGCCUUCCAAGGUCUGCGCUCCCUCAACUCUCUGGUACUAUAUGGAAACAAGAUCACUGAGAUUUCCAAAGGGCUGUUUGAGGGACUGUUUUCUCUGCAGCUCUUGUUACUGAAUGCUAAUAAGAUAGCAUGUCUGCGCGUCGACGCAUUUCAGGACCUUCACAACCUCAAUCUGCUAUCACUGUAUGACAACAAGCUCCAGACCAUCGCCAAGGGGACUUUCUCUUCACUGCGAGCCAUACAAACGCUUCAUUUAGCCCAAAACCCGUUUAUCUGCGACUGCCAUCUGAAGUGGCUGGCUGACUACCUGCAGGACAAUCCCAUCGAGACGAGCGGCGCCCGCUGCACCAGCCCUCGCCGGCUCGCCAACAAACGAAUCGGUCAAAUCAAGAGCAAGAAGUUCCGCUGCUCAGCAAGAGAGCAGUAUUUCAUCCCAGGAGUACACCAUGUCGGCUGUACAGAGGAUUACCGCAGCAAACUCGGAGGUGACUGCUUUGCCGACUUGGCCUGUCCUGAGAAGUGUCGCUGUGAGGGCACCACGGUUGACUGCUCCAACCAGAAACUCACCAAAAUACCAGAUCACAUUCCUCAGUACGCGGCCGAACUGCGUCUGAACAACAAUGAAUUCACUGUGCUCGAGGCGACGGGUAUCUUCAAAAAGUUGCCUCAGCUGAGGAAAAUUAACCUGAGUAAUAACCGUAUCACUGACAUAGAGGAGGGGACAUUUGAAGGCGCCUCAGGGGUCAAUGAGUUGAUUCUGACCUCCAACAGACUGGAGAACAUACACCACCGCAUGCUGAAGGGACUGAGUGGCCUCCGCACACUCAUGCUAAGGAGUAACCGUAUCAGCUGUGUGAGUAACAGCAGCUUCGUGGGUUUGAGCUCAGUGCGUCUCCUGUCACUCUACGACAACCAGAUCACCUCGAUGAACCCCGGAGCCUUCGACACGCUGCACUCUCUGUCCACGCUAAACCUCCUGGCCAAUCCCUUCAACUGUAACUGCCACCUGGCUUGGCUCGGCGAUUGGCUGAGAAGGAAACGCAUUGUCACCGGCAACCCUCGCUGCCAAAGUCCCUACUUCCUGAAGGAGAUCCCCAUCCAGGAUGUAGCUGUCCAGGACUUCGCCUGCGAAGACGGUAAUGAUGAGAACAGCUGCUCUCCGGUGCUGAGGUGUCCAGCAGAGUGUUCCUGUCUGGACACUGUGGUGCGCUGCAGCAACAAGGGUCUGACUGCGCUGCCCAAAGGCCUCCCCAAAGAAACCACUGAACUAUACUUGGAUGGAAAUCACUUCACUCAGGUUCCUGUGGAGCUCUCCAAUUACAAACACUUAACGCUCAUUGAUUUGAGUAACAACCAGAUCAGCACGUUGUCCAACCACAGCCUCAGUAACAUGUCCGAGCUGCUUACCCUAAUCCUGAGCUACAACCGGCUGCGAUGCAUACCAGUGAGGGCGUUCGAUGGACUUAAAUCUCUUCGUCUGCUGUCUCUCCAUGGUAACGACAUAUCGCUGAUCCCUGAGGGAGCCUUCAAAGACUUGUCAUCGCUUUCCCACCUGGCUCUGGGUGCCAACCCUCUGUACUGUGACUGCCACAUGCAGUGGCUGUCAGACUGGGUGAAGAGCGGCUACAAGGAGCCCGGCAUCGCUCGCUGUGCUGGGCCCGGUGACAUGACCGACAAACUGCUCCUCACCACACCCUCCAAGAAGUUCACCUGCACAGAAGUCCCCGGGCCUUGUGGUUUUCUGGUGCCAGGCCCAGUGGAUAUGAGUAUCCAGGCUAAAUGUGAGCCCUGCCUGUCCAACCCCUGCAAGAACGACGGCACAUGCGCCAAUGACCCUGUGCACUACUACCGCUGCACCUGCCCGUACGGAUUUAAGGGCCAGAACUGUGAGGAGCCGAUUCACGCCUGCAUCAGUAACCCCUGCCAGAACGGAGGAACUUGCCAUCUGAAGGAAGGAGAAGGGAGCAACUUCUGGUGUGUGUGUCCUGAGGGCUUCGAAGGCGACGCCUGCGAGAUCAACAUUGAUGACUGUGAAGACAACGACUGUGAGAACAACUCCACCUGCGUUGAUGGAAUCAACAACUACACGUGCAUGUGUUCGCCAGAAUACACAGCUGCUACCAAUGAGGUGGAGAGAGGGGAACUGUGUGAAGAGAAACUGGACUUCUGCGCCCCUGAGCUGAACCAAUGUCAGCACGACUCAAAGUGCAUUUUGACCCCUCAGGGAUACAAGUGUGAGUGCACACCAGGUUACGUGGGUGAACACUGUGAGCUGGACUACGACGACUGCGAAGAGAACAAGUGUCAGAAUGGAGGUCAGUGCAUCGAUGCUGUGAAUGGAUACACCUGCGUCUGUCCAGAGGGAUACAGCGGAUUGUUCUGCGAGUUCUCUCCCCCGAUGGUGCUUCCUCGCACCAGUCCCUGUGACAACCACGAGUGCCUGAAUGAGGCGCAGUGCGUCGUCGUGGGAACCGACCCCCGCUGCCAGUGUCUCCACGGCUACGAGGGCGAGCGCUGCGAGACGCUCGUCAGCGUCAACUUCGUCAACCGCGAGUCCUACCUGCAGCUUCCCUCCAGUCUCCUCUCUCCACAGACCAACAUCAGCCUACAGAUUGCUACAGAUGAGGACUCUGGCGUAUUGUUGUAUAAGGGGGACAAUGAUCACAUUGCCAUGGAGCUGUACAGAGGACGUCUAAGGGUCAGCUACGACACCGGAUCCUAUCCUCCUUCUGCUAUAUACAGUGUGGAGACAGUGAAUGAUGGUAGCUUCCAUGCUGUGGAGUUAGUAGCAUCAGACCAGACUCUGUCUCUGUCCAUCGAUGGCGGGCCGCCCAAAUCCAUCAACUCCAUCAACAAACAGUCCACACUCAACAUAGAUUCUCCUCUUUACCUGGGAGGGAUGCCAGAGCGUGCCUCGGCCACAGGUGGUCUUUCGGCCCUGCAGCAUAGCUCCGGCGGCCGCAACGGCACCAGCUUCCACGGCUGCCUCCGUAACCUCUACAUCAACGGGAAGCUCCAGGACCUGGGGGCCGGGCUGGAGCCGGGGACGUCAGGCUCGGGGGCUCUACAGAGCACCACCAGACAGUGGCUGGGUCAGGGGGUGGAGCCAGGCUGCCAGCCCUGCCAGAGAGGCGCCUGCGUCCAGGGUGACUGCCACCCAAUGGGUCACCGCGGCUUCACCUGUACCUGCCACCCAGGCUGGACGGGAGCGGUGUGCGACCAGCAAGUUAGCAACCCCUGCGAUGGCAAUAAGUGUAUCCAUGGUACCUGCCUCCCGAUCAACUCCUACUCUUACUCCUGCCGCUGCCAGCCGGGCUUCGCUGGCGUCCUCUGUGACGAGCAGGACCAGGAUGCAGCGAACCUCUGCAGUCUGUCCCGCUGCAAACAUGGCAAAUGCAGAGUGUCGGGUCUGGGCAAGGCCUACUGCGAGUGCAACAGCGGAUAUACAGGAGAGGCGUGCGACAGAGAGGUGGCCUGCCGAGGGGAACGGGUCCGAGAUGUCUACCAGAGACAGCAAGGCUACGCGGCGUGCCAAACCCAGGAGAAGGUCUCCCGUCUAGAGUGUCGAGGCAGCUGCCCGGGGGGGGCAGAAGGACAGGGCACCUGCUGCACCCCCCUUCGCAGCAAACGUAGGAAAUACACCUUCCAGUGCACUGAUGGCUCCUCUUUUGUCCAGGAAGUGGAGAAAGUUGUCAAGUGUGGCUGUACAAAGUGUUCUUCGUAAAAAAAAAAAAAAAAGAAAAAAGAAAGAAAGGAAAAAAGAGAGAGAGACAACACCCUCGGCAGAUUUCCUCCUCUCCAGAUAUGUUCUGUGUUCCUGCCCGCCUUACUUGAUCCCCUGUUGUCCAAAAUCCUGAUUUCCCACGAGGAAACCCUCCACAGUGCUCCCCCCCACCAACCCUGAUUUUUUUUUUUAAAAACCCUGAAAAAAGUUUUAAAAAAACAAGAGAAACAACUAAAAAAAAAGUUUCUUUUCUUGUCAGUGCUGGACUGAUGAUUGAUGCUUCCUCGGUGGGGAUGUUGAAUUGUAUUGUAAAGUACAAAAACAGACUUAUUUUUUAUUAUGAAGUGGAUAAAAAGACAAAAAAAAAAACACACAAGAGUUGACUUUUUCCUUACGUCUGCUUCUUUUUGUCGGUCAUGAUGACUCCAAUGGUGUGCAACACUUUCUCUUCCCCGGAGGACUGAUGGGUCACUGACGGCUCACCGUCUCCUGCAGACCUCCUGCUUUCUGUUUGUGAGUUGUGUGUUUUAGGAGUAACCUUAACUGGUAGUACCACAGACUCACCACUGAGAGGAGCUGUACUAAGGCAUGGGAGAGGGCGGGCAGUGAUAACCCCCUACACCACAAGGAACCACCACUGUAGUCUGCAGCCUCCCUUAGCAGACCUCCUGAACCCUCUGAGACUGUGUGCAUGAUCCUACACACAGCUGUGCUCAAACUUGUGGUAUUUUAUACAGCUACUGAACAACACACACCAAUACUCUCACCUGUAGAGUUAAACACGUUACCUGCCAGGUUAAAUCCACUACUCUCUGCUCAUCUACCCCGCCCCCAGUCAUGAAUGACAAGUAUUUAUUGUAUCAUAAAUACCUGUACUUAUUCAGUAGAUUCCCCAUGUAUCAAUCUGAUUCUUUUAAUAUAUAUUAAUUUAUAUUUGUCCUUAUUUUUGUAUUAAAAAGACAUAAUCUGUCAAGAUAGCUGAACUAACAAAAUGGUGUCCUUUAUUUUGGUUGAAAAGAAGUUUUUUUUUUUUUUUUUUGAUCACUGAAACUAUUCUGCUUGCCAGAGACCUUAGUUACAUUUUAAUCUGCAAAUGUGACGUGAAGACAUUGUAUAUUUUUGUCGCGUUUCCUGAGAGUUUGUACUGUGCCAUUACCAGAAGGUCUUUAUAUUAGAGUAUAAAUGUAUAGAUAAUUUCCCUACCUAUGUAUUUCACACACAAAUCUUGUGAGUAGCAUUGACCCUAGAGGAUGCUUAGAACUGUUUUUACCUUUUUAACAAAUUUAUGCUUAAAGAAUACUGUGACUUUUUCUAAAUGAAACUACUUUGUUAGCCCCUCGGUCUCUGAUGUUAACAUGUUGCUGCUAAGUUUUUGUACCGUAGACUUGGAUCCUGAUCUGUAUGUUAUAUAGAACUUCCUGCUCCUACUGUACGGGGCACCUUGUGUAACAGAUAAAUAUGUCCCCUCCCCCCCCCACCUCUACACAUGUGCAUUGUGCUUUAUAUUCCCCUUUCUCCAUCCCCAGACUAAUGUCAGUUCCCUGACUGAUGUUUGUUUAUUAAACACAAUAUUUACCUCA